AUGUAUGCAUAACUCUAAGAGGAAAUAAACAUAUAAGCAAUUGAUAUAUUGCUCAUAAUUUAUUAAACAGUUUUAAAACUUCACAGCUUUACAUUAGUAGCCUAACUGCGUCAUCACUGAGCCCCUCUUCUGCUUUCCUCCGUUUUAUUUAUUUAUUUAUUUUUAAAGAAAGUUGUGAUCAUGCAAAGUGUUGUGUGUGUCCGUUAUUUAUUACCAUAACUUGGACAAAGACCAUAAGACAUUUUAUACAUUCGAGGCAAGCCCAAUGAGUUCACAAACUUUCUUUUUUCCCACAAUUGACCUGAUUUGUAGAAUUUAAUCCGCUACUCAGGUUAAACCAACAAAACAAACAAACAAACAAACAAAAUGAUGACAGAGGAAAAUGAUUAACAUGUUUCAGCAUUAAGCAAAUAAUCAGUAUCUUAUCCGUCAUUUAAUUCAGUGGUUUUAUUCAGCUGUUUUAUUUCGACCUUCAUCAUAACCUGAAGAUGUAUUUUUGCUGCUUCUGAGACUUCUGAGAUAUGAAUAUUGCCCUUUACUCCCGAAGUGCCAGUCUGCCGUUGUUUUGCGUCACACUUUUCCAGUUUCAGCCAAUCCGAUGCUGCAGCAGCUCGCGCUUCCGGUCAGCGCUGGCGCAUCUGGAGGACGCAUUAACGCUGAACACGGAACGAUGCUGCGCGCGCACUGCACAGUCUCUGUUUCUCACACAUCACUAACGAUAGGCGACCUUUAAAGAACCUAACAGUAACCUGGAUUUGGAAAGUAUGGGUAAAGAAGACAUGUUGUGCCGACCAGCAGCGCUGAAAUUCACUAUUGAUCACAUCCUUAAUAAGGACUUUGAUGUAAAUCACCAAAAUUCACAACUCAGCUCAGAGAGCAGCUGUUCAUCGUGUGAAGAUCAGAAAUGUCAUGAAACAGAUCACAGGAGUAGUGACGUCUAUGGCCACAAUCUGAGCGUCACGAUGGACGAAGUAAGUGGAAAGUUUCCUAAAAAUUCCAAUACGCACAGCAGAGAUGAUCUGUCUAAGCAUCAGCAAAACCACAAGAAGAUCAAGCCGCUGGUGAAGAAGAAAACGCGCACCAUUUUCUCCAAAAGACAAAUCUUCCAGCUGGAGUCGACUUUCGACCUGAAGCGCUACCUGAGCAGCGCUGAGCGAGCAUGCCUCGCCAACUCCCUACAGCUCACUGAGACGCAGGUGAAAAUCUGGUUUCAAAACAGAAGGAAUAAACUGAAACGGCAGAUCUCCACAGACUUGGAGGGGUCGUACAGAGGAAGUGUUGGGAGUAAUAUUUUGGGAGGAUGUUUGUUGCCGACACCGGUUCCACUUCUGUAUGCAGGGAGCACUCCGCAUUACCUUUACCUAUCCCAUGCCAGCAAAUAUUUCAGCCUUUUCGAUGGAGACACGUGAUUUCUCACAGCACAGACGGUGUUUUUUUCUUUCUUUCUUUCUUUUUUUUUUUUGUUCGUUUGCAUGGAUGAUACGCCAACAUUUGGAAGCACAACACUGAGUCAUUUAACUUGUGAUAAUAGUUGCACAAAAAAGAUUGAACAGUAAUGCUAUCGUGUUUAUUUUGCUAUGCAAGAUGUUAAUAAAGGAAACAUCAAACAGUUCUGUAAUAGCCUUUAUCACUCUUAAAUGAUAAA